AUGCUCUUGUUUCCAGAGAUUCAGAAACGCAUACAAGCGGAGAUUGAUGGCGAUAUCGCACCUGGACAACUGCCCACGAGCAAGCAAGCGGUAGCAAUGAAGUGCCUCGGAGCCGUUUGGAAAGAGUCACUUCGCCUCUCCCCGCCGUUUCCCACAGCUGUACCUCAUGUGAAUACUUGCAACGACAUCUUCAAAGGUUACUAUAGUGCACGCUUUUGA